UUAGGUGUAGACCAGGGUGUGUCAGUCACAGACUGGGGGUGGACCGUGCAUGAAGCGUGACCUCAACCUUACUGGAAGAUGUGAAGAAUUAUAAAUGGGAAAAGGGUGGUUGAAACAGCAUGCAGCCACAUAAUGCUGUCUGUCUGUCUGUCUGUGUCUGUCCAUCUCAUCGGUGAUGUUGCAGUUGGAGUGAAGAGAGGAUCAGACGAGCUGAGUAUGUACAACAGUCCCAACUCUGGCAUGAGCAGUAUCAAUGACGGGGCUUCCAACGGCAGUGACAGUAAAAAGCUGAAGGUGGAGGAGGCCCCUCCAUCUCGUGUGCUCCACAUCAGGAAACUGCCCAACGAGGCCUCGGAGACCGAAGUCAUCGCCCUCGGCUUGCCUUUUGGAAAAGUCACCAACAUCCUCACACUGAAGGGAAAGAACCAGGCGUUCUUGGAGAUGGGGACAGAAGAGGCAGCCAUCACCAUGGUUAACUACUACACCACUGUAACUCCUCAUAUCCGCAACGUCCCCGUCUUUAUUCAGUACUCCAAUCACAAAGAACUUAAAACUGAUGCUGGCAAUCAGCGGACUCAGGCGGUGCUUCAGGCAGUGUCUGCAGUCCAGUCCGGCGGGUCACCAAGCUCUGAUGUACAGGAGGCUCUCGCUGCAGCCUCCAGUCCCGUGCUGCGGAUCAUCAUCGACAACAUGUUCUACCCCGUGACGCUGGAUGUACUGCAGCAGAUUUUUUCCAAGUUCGGCACAGUCAUGAAGAUAAUCACAUUCACCAAGAACAAUCAGUUCCAGGCCCUCCUGCAGUUCAGCGAUCCUGUCAAUGCACAGCAGGCCAAACUGGCCCUGGACGGCCAGAACAUCUACAACUCAUGUUGCACACUGCGUAUAGACUUCUCCAAGCUGGUCAACCUAAAUGUCAAGUACAACAACGAUAAGAGUCGCGACUACACGCGACCGGAGCUGCCUGCUGGUGACGGCCAGCCCAGCCUCGACCCCACGGUGGCCGCCGCCUUCAGCAAAGACUCCAACUCCCUCCUCGGUAAGAUCCCAGGAGCCCUGAAUCCUCUGAGCGCGGCGGCGGCUGCUGCUGCUGCUGCAGGGAGGGUGGCCCUAGCUGGACAGGCGGGCUCCAGUGGGGUCCUGCUGGUCAGCAACCUCAACGAGGAGAUGGUUACGCCCCAAAGUCUGUUUACCCUCUUCGGAGUGUACGGCGAUGUCCAGAGGGUGAAGAUCCUUUACAAUAAGAAGGACAGCGCUCUCAUUCAGAUGUCCGACGCCAACCAGGCCCAGCUAGCAAUGAGCCACUUGAAUGGCCAAAAGAUGUACGGGAAGAUCAUCCGGGUGACGCUGUCCAAGCACCAGACCGUGGCGCUGCCUCGUGACGGCCUGGACGACCAGGGCCUGACCAAGGACUACGCCAACUCCCCGCUUCAUCGCUUCAAGAAACCGGGCUCCAAGAAUUUCCAGAACAUCUUCCCGCCAUCUGCCACCCUCCACCUCUCCAACGUCCCACAAGAUGUGACAGAGGACGACCUGCGGCUGCUAUUCUCCAACGCUGGAGGCACUGUGAAAGCAUUCAAGUUUUUCCAGGAUCGUAAAAUGGCUCUGAUCCAGAUGUCCACAGUGGAGGAGGCCAUCCAGGCCUUGAUUGACCUUCACAACUACAACAUGGGAGGCAACCAGCACCUGAGAGUCUCCUUCUCUAAGUCCACCAUCUAAAGAACUGUGACCUGCAGUAGCAGGGUUCACUGUCUGGGAGCUGGCGGUCAGAAACCAUACAGACUGUGUCUGGACACUGGGGUGGGGAUGGGGGUGAUGGUGGUGGUGGGGGGGCACAUUGAGGGAAUCAGUUCUGUUGUCGGGGUUUUGUUGAUCCUGUCAUUCCUUGAGAGAGACUGACAUUUUUGACUUGCAUCCUUUUUUUAAAAGAGAACAAUGGAGUAUGUUGCAGAUACUGGAUCCUCCCAGCUAUUCUUAACUGUACCUCUGUAUUUUUAUGUCAAGCAAAAUAUUGACAUGAUUGAUUGUCCCCUCUGUAUGAUAGUUUGAUGUAGAUCAGUGUUUAAUUCUUUAUUUAGUUGAAAAGAUACAGUACUUAUGUGCCUUACUUGACAAUAUCAACUGUUUCUACAGCUGGACAUGUUCAUUAAUUACCCUCCUAUGCUUUUGAGGCACAUUGGUAUUAGAUAUUUUUGGGGGGGUUUAGUCAGAAUACAUGCUGUUUUAUCAUCCUCUAGACAUUAUUACAGUUUUUGAAGCUCUGCCAUUAACCAGGCGUAGCUUUUUGUUUUGUUUUUAAAUACACAACAUUUUCCCUGUUUUUCGUUUAGCAACAGGAGAGGAUAUUCCUGAGUUUUACAGCAUCCUGUGACAGGCAGCUUCACUCGAAUUCCAUUCAGUGUUGCCAGAUCAGAUUGACAGUUUCAAACCCGCCCCAUAUCAAUAAAAAAAACAAAAACAGCCCAAAUCAUAACCCAUGUUAAACCAUGUACAUGUGUAAUAGAAAAAUGCAUCAUAAACAUACACAACAUACGAGAUAAAACGUGGAUAAAUAGGAUCGCACAACUCACAGAGAGUGCAGUCAGACAACAAAAUACACAAUGUCAAUGAUGAUGACGUCAAGGUAAGUAGGUCCUCCGUUAUCCCCAACGACCAUUCAAUUCAAUUUAUUUUUAUACAGUGUCAAAUCAGAACAGAAGUUAUCUCGAGACGCUUUUCAUGUAGACUGUACUGUAUAAUUUAUAGACCCAACAAGAGAUCCCCCAUGAGCUUGCACUCAACAAAACCAGGUAGAAACCUUGUGCAGAACUCUGGGUGGGCGGCCAUCUCGACCAGUCAAUCGGCCGAUUGAAUACAACUCAUGUCAAUAAUAUGAGUGAGUGGACACAACAAAGUUUACUGAAUUUAGUGUUUUUCAGUGUGUGUAGUGUUUGUAAUAUUGUUUUCGCAAUAUUUUCAAAACCCGCCAAAUGUUGUCGGAAUCAGCCCAAAUGUCAUCUACCAGCCCGACUUUAUCAAAAAGUGGCCCAAUUGGGCGGAAACCAGCCCAAUCUGGCAACACUGAUUUCAUUAUUCCACCAGUACGUCCACUGUAAGAUUGUUCUCCCCCAGUAUGAAUUUGCAUCACAUCACAUAUCACAGCGUGGCUAAGUAUUUCUUUAUCCGUGUUUUGAAGCCUUUUCCAUAGCAGUGAGGUGUAAUUGUCAGUGACAAUGGUUUUUCUAAGCAUGUAUAGUUCCGAUAGGAUCUCCCAUCAGACGGUGUUGCAUGCUGUGGAAGCGGUUAGAAGAUGAGUCCACUGUGAUUUCAUUGUCAUGUGACAGUCUACUCGAGAGGGCUACUCAGUUGGACCAAAGUUUCUGUGCCUUUAGUGUUCCUUUUAAUUCAUUUGAACAGAAAGCAUUUGAUGCCCCCGAAUUUUAAGUGGUGAGUUAAUUCCCUUUUUUUAAAACGACCCAACGGGACCUGUUGGCUUGAGGUUAUUAUUGCUCCGAAAUAAUAGUUCUGUGUAUUUUUCUUUCUUCCGAGUCGGAUUUUAUACAGCUCAACAUGUAAGGAUUUGGUAUAGUUCUGAAGAGGCACAAUUAAAGGCUGAAUUAUUUUCUAACAAGGGGAGGUGCGCCUUGGUUUCCUGCUUUUUGAGUUUUCCCUCUCAUGGUCUCUCUCGUGUAUUCUGCAUUACGUCUGUAGCAUGCUUUAAUAAAACUAUUCUGUAGCUCUGCA